GCAAGGUUUUUUAUUUAAUUUUGUUCUAUUUUUUGUCAGGGCCAGGAGGGCACAGCCACGGAAGACAAUAAAUAAGAGGGUUCUGACAGAGAUUCAGACACAGCAGAGACAGUCACCCAAAACACCAAAAGUGGUACCGAUCCACUUUCCCAGCGUAUCGAGAGGGCUUUUAUUUUGAAGGUGCAAAACCGGAAGUUAAUUUUUUGUGACGUACACGUACAGUUGUACACACUGUUGUUGACAUAUACCGCUGUUAGUUCUGAUAGUCCAAAUAGUGUACUUUCAAAACAUUAUAGGUAGUUAGUUUUACUACUUUUAAAUAGUUAUUUGUAAGUCAACCUCGUGCAUUAUCAGGUACGAAAAUGACAAUUCAAUAAAAGCGAUUUUUUAAAAUCAGCUACAAAUUUGUAUCCAACUUAUUAUCCCACUCAAGUGACAUUGGUGGCUAGUUACCUAGGUAAUUUUGCAUUUUGGGCUAACGUUAUCUAUAAACAUGAGCAAUCUUGUAUUCUGGAGUCAAGGUAGCUCCGAAGUGGAUUGGUGUGAAGGAAAUUAUCUUAUUUACCCUGGAAUUGCAGAGUUCUACAAUACGAUCAGCAACAUACUGUUCUUUAUUUUGCCACCUAUUUUGAUGUGUCUGUUUCGACAAUAUGCUACACAUUUCAACAGUGGGAUAUAUCUGAUCUGGGCUUUGCUGGUUGUGGUUGGCAUUGGAUCCACUUACUUCCAUGCCACCCUUAGCUUCCUGGGCCAGAUGCUGGACGAGCUGGCCAUCCUGUGGGUGCUCAUGUGUGCCAUCGGCAUGUGGUUCCCAAAGAGAUACCUGCCCAAGAGCUUCCGCAGAAACAGGUUAAGGUUCAAAGUGGUCAUUGGGAUCCUCUCAGGAAUCACCACAGUACUGGCCUUCAUCAAACCUGCCAUCAACGCCAUCUCUCUAAUGAGCCUGGGCAUCCCCUGCACCGCCUUGCUCAUAACCGAGAUCAAGAGGUGUGAAAACCUGCGUGUGUUUAAGCUGGGUCUGCUCACUGGAAUGUGGUGGACACUGGCACUGCUCUGCUGGAUCAGUGACAGGAUCUUCUGUGAUAUGUGGUCCUCUGUCAACUUCCCCUAUUUGCACUGUGUAUGGCACAUUCUCAUCUGCUUGGCUUCCUACCUUGGGUGCGUGUGCUUCGCCUACUUCGACGCAGCCUCCGAGGCCCCAGAGCAGGGCCCCGUGGUCAUGUUCUGGCCCAGUGAAAAGUGGGCCUUCAUUGGGGUGCCCUACGUCACUCUUCUGUGUGUCCAGAAGAAGCAUUCUGUCAAAGUGACAUAACCAGUGCAAGUCUCACCGAUGAACCAGCGUACUUAGAAUUACUGUCAUCUUUACAAAAACAAGAUCUGCAAAACUCAUAGGGUUGUGGUAAGCUUUUCCUGCCACAUUUCUUUAAAAUAAGCUUGCUAAGAAUGCUGAUAAUGGGAUCUUUAGAGAGACCCCUUUUUCUCUUUUGAACAGUGUUCAAUGAUAGGAAUGUCUUGGGAUCAAGUGUCCCGAUCAUUUCCUGGCUAUAUAAAACUCAAUGAUAAUCUAGAGGGAAGACCUACAUAGAUAAGGGUAACCUUACCCUAAUAGUUGCAGUCUCUCACUCGCUCCAUAUCCAGUAUUAUCACAUAAGUCAGCUAGCAUUAGUAUCAGUGCUGCUAGCUCCUGAUGAUCCAUUUUCGCAAUUCACUCUCGACUCCCCAUGCACACCAAAGUUUGUCAAAAAAUGAAGAAAGGAUUGCAUUGACCCCUAUUGAAUUAAUUUUUCAAUGUCUCUGAAGUCAAACUUUUCUAGUUUUAUCCAUUACAUUGUUAUACUCACUCAUUUGACUUAUAAACUGAGUGUACAAAACAUUAAGGACACCUGCUCUUUCCAUGACAUAGACUGACCAGGUGAAUCCAGGUGAAAGA